AUGACGUCCCUGGCAAAACAACUACAGCAACUGCAAAUACCGGGCAGUUUGCCUUCAACAGCCACUGCUAAAGCCAGCAAAAAAUCAUCUCUGCUAUUUGAUUCGAAAGAGGCAGCUGACAUAGACAACGAAACUGUGUUCUCUAUCGGUUUAAAUGGCUUGGAAGAAUUGAAAGUUAUCGAGCCUGCCUUUAAGAUGUUUGAAAAGUCGCUUUUUGGCGACAAUUCAAUGUCUCUGGAGAGAUCUUUACAGACAAAAGAUGUGAACGAAAAGCUCGAUAAGCAUAUUUCAAAGUUUCUGCAAUAUUUAUCGCCAUACUUCUUGCUAAAGCCAGCUCAUAAGGUUUUGGAAUGGCUUAUCCGAAGAUUCCAAAUCCACGUGCACAAUGUUGAUAGUUUGGUCACUUGUAUUUUGCCUUACCACGAAACAAACUUGUUCACUCGUGUGUUGCAGCUACUUUCCAUAAAAGAUCCUUCCUCAAAAUGGAACUGGCUCAGUCCGAUUAAAAAAGCUGGAGUUCCCCUUUCUAAGACAGCUUUCUUACAACACUGCAUCACUGAUACAGCCUUCUUCUCUCUCAUUUGUGACAUGGUAAUGGAAGGUAUAAAGUUGGAAAUCCCUCCAUCAAGCUCAAGAGUUUUGUUUACAUUUUAUACCUCGACUGUUGUUGGAGUCUUGGAUAUGAUGCCAAGUGUGACAGAGAAAUUUAUGACUCUGUUAUUGCCUCAUUUACUGGCUGUUAUUAAGUCUGGGCUCUCAGAGCUGAUAGCAUCAUCGUACAUUAUUACAGCUCAGUUGUGUUUUAGAUGCAGUAUGGAGAAGGAAUUGGUGAAAUCCCUAUCUGACAGCAUAUGUAAGGUAUUAUAAAUUACUGUUAUUUUGGGCAUCUUCCAUGAAUAAAAUACAACAGUAAAUGGUGAGUUGAAAGUCCCUUCAAGGUUGACCCUCGUGACUAAAUUCAAGAUCACCUGUCAUGAAAGCAUCAGGGACUAAAAUUUUGAGUCUUGAAAUAAAACUAGCAACUUAUCAAUGUGGUGAAGUUUAAGUCAUUUUUUGAGUUUGCAUAAAUGUUUACAACCAAUCAAUUAUCAAUCAGGGUAGUCCUCAAAUUGAAACUCUUCCUCAAGUCUUGUUACAGGGAGUAAUCAAGUUUAUUUUGAUAGUCCAUUCUUUGAAGGUACUGUCUGUAGCUCUCCAUGUUUCUGUGGUGUCUCUCUUUCCCUUGUCUUUCUCUAGCUUUUUCUCAUCAUUGGUUGACCACUUUAACUUGUCAUUGGUUCAUAAGCUCUCCCAAACUCAAGUAUUAUUAAUCCCUUCGUUUUUUAAUAAAUUGCAGAGCAUUAAACCAGGAUUUGCCACUGAAGGUUUGUCUUGUCUUACCUACAUUUGUCAAUCACAGGGGUUAAAGAAAUUAUCAAAGAGGUUAGUCUAUGAUACAUGUAUAUAGCAUAUGAUAAAAAUGACUUACUUUUGCUUAAUGUGCAGAUAUUUCACUCCUUAUCCUUAAAAUCUUUCAUUUUUCAUUUAUAAUUGUGUAUUGCUAUGUAUUUUGUUACAGGUCUUUUAAAGCACUUCUGAAGCUUCCAAGACUGGUAGAUAUUCUUCACAAUCUGUCUGUGACUCAUAGCAUUAAUCCAUUACUUGAAGCAUUUGUCCCACAACUUGUAUCCAAUGGAAUAAAACAGGAGUUAUCAGAGGAGAGUGACACAAGAGCCCUGUUAGAGAUUGUCUGGGAAUUACUUAGAGAGGUUGAUUUUGAACCAGCACUGGUCACAAUGAUUGGCAGGUCAGAAUUCACCAUAAGUUGUUCAUUGUAAGAAAUACAGAUGUUUUUAAUGCUUUUUUGAACAGUGUGUAGUACAGAUAUUAUAGAUGCACUGUCAGAGGGUUAAAAACAAAUAAUUCAAAUAAAACACAGCUUGAAUGAAAACCUCUGCUUCAUCUGGAGGAAGGCUUAAGGUCUGAUCUCAAACUGUCCCUUCUAGCUGCUUUAUAUUUCUUUGGAAACUAUAUAUUUUUCAAAAAUUUUAAAUUUUGUAUUUUGUUUAUAUCAUGUAUCACAUAAACACCCUGGAGUUGAUAAGUUUGAUUUAUUCUCAGUACUUGUUUGCUGGAUAAUAUAUUGCUAUUGUAAGGAAAAGUUACUUGUCAAUCAGGUUUAGGAAUUGCUAGUCUUUCAAGGCUAUAGUAAGCUAUGGAACAGGUUGUGAGACCAUGCAUCUGAUCAUUAGCAUGUAGCAUCAAUUAUAGCACUUUUUUCAUAUAUAUUUCAAGAUACUUCAGACCAGUGAGUGAUGAAAUGUGUAUUCCCCGUGUUUGAAGGAAUUUUCCUCUUGAGAAUAAAAAUCACAUGAGUUGAGUACCUUUCUGACACUGGAAGAAUGUGAUCUCAACAUUUAGCAGGCUUCAAGCCAAUAAAAUCUUGGUGAAACUCAGUCUAAUCAGUUUUCUCUAAACAGACCUAACAUUUGACUGAAAGAAACUUCCAUGUGCUUGACUUUGUUAAUGACUUCUGUUCAGUUGGUGGAAAUGUCAGGCACAGUCUAUGAGAGCAGUCUUCUUAUGGACACUCUUCCUAAAGACAAUCACAUUUCUCAAAUUACUUGAUUUUUUUGUUAAAUAUUGUAAAUUAAUGACUCUCCUUGAUUCUUACCUGUAGAACACUUCUUGAGGAGUACUGUGAUGCCAGGAAAGCAUUGGGUGCAGAUGAGGGUAGAGUUGGAAACUUGAAUGAAAAAGUGAAAGAUUUGGUGCAGGCCUUGGAAAAAAGGUUAGGUUUGAUGCCUGCACAUUUGUAUAUGUGUAGGGCUUUUAUGUUUUUGAAUAAAUUCAUUUAUAUCUUUAAGCACUAAGGGCAUACUCUGUGUUGUGUACCCUGCUUGUUUCUUGUAGUUCUUCUUUAAGUGAAACUGUAGUUGGCUAUAUCCAUCCGAUGCUGAUUAAUGAGACCAAAUAUCUGUUCUGAAAAGCUGGCAGAACUGGUGUUUGUCACAUUUGCUCAAAAAGUGCUGGUAUUUUAGAGUUUGCUUUAAUUAAGUUCUCAUAAUGUCACUUCUCAUAAUUGAAUAACCCAUAUUUACCAAUGGAUAUGACUCAACAUUAAGUCUCGUAUGCUUGGUGAAACAGGGCAAAUGUAGUUCCUUUAGAAGUUUCUGCAGGUGAUCUUUUCUUUCCUGUUACUAAAGUUGAUUUUGUUUUUAAUGUAUAAUUAUGUUUAUUUUACAAGAUAUCCUACUGAACUAGAGAGAGCUGUCGAGGCACAUCUUCAGGCACUCAAGAACACAGAGGACAUGACUGAGGGGGAUGCUGGCAUUGUUUCAGAGGAAGGUUCCCUCUGGACAAUGGAUCUGGUGUCCUUAGCACUCACAGGAGUAAAAUCACAGGUACAUGUAACUCCCCCACCCCCCCUACAAGCACAUGUAACUUCCCUGCUUCCCCCCCCAUAGGUGCACAUAACUUCCCUGUUUCCCCCCUCCAUCGAAUGACUCUGAUGAUGGAGUGUACAUGGAGAAUCACAGUCUGGUGGAUGGAGAUGGUGAUAUAUUUUAAAAGCAAGCAUUUCUUAAAACCUAAUGUACACAGAGACCCUUUGUCAUAAAUGACAACAUAGUUUCUUGUGAAUUUUAGAAUGACAGAAAUGAAAUGAAAAUUUUUUUUGGCUGUCCAGCUGUAAUUAAGAUGAUCAAAGAAAUAUCUAAAAAAAAUUCUGUUACAUUGUCUGUGUACCCCUUUUAGAAUGAUGACCAUUAUGUAUGGAAUAUCUGAUGGAAUAUAUGUAUGUGUAAGACAGAACAUUAAUAUAACACUUGUAUUCAACUGGAUGUUAACUUUUCCCUCUGCAGGUCAUUCCUGAUUCAAACACGACACUAGUUUUGAGUCUUCAUCAUCCUCAAGCCCAAGUGCGGGAAAUGGCAAUCAAACGUCUAGGAGAACUAUUAGCAGAUAAAGGGGUACUGUUCUUCAGUUAUCAUCCAGCUGUUAUAUUUGUGAUCAGCCCUUGACCCUUUCACCCCCAAGAACUCUGUAGUAAUUCUCUUUACUGUCUGGAAGACAACUCUUUUAAUUCUUGUUUGAAGAAUUUGGUAUUAGAUCAACUAGUAAUUGAUAUUUUUUUGUUAUUCUCAUCGCUUGCCUGCUUGAUAUUGUAUGAAUGUUAUAGGGAGAAAUUCUGUCUUGGUCAGUCGUUUGAGUUAGAGGGUUACAUUAGCCUGAGCCUGUUUGUAGCUUCCCCCCUUGCUUCUUCUCUUUUGGAGGGUUACACUUGUCAAUUAUUUCUGAUGCUUGUGAUGGAAUGUUGGAAGCAUGGCUUAUUACUUUUUUAGUAAUUUGUGUGACUGUGAAGUUUCUAUACAAAUAUAACUCUGGUGAAUGUUGGCUUGACAGGGCUUGUCUGAAGACAAACAGUUCAUUAGCGAUUCAUUACUCUCACGACUUCAAGAUGAUGAUCCAUCUGUGGUGGCUUGUGUGCUUAAAUUGGGACAGGUGAAAUUCCAUGAUUUUUCUCAAGAUAAAGAAUAUUAGUUGAGUUUUUUUGUGAUUUAUCAUUGCUUUAGAUGCACUAAAAAUAUGUGAUUAUAUUAAUAAUGUAUCAUGGGUAUUAUUUUGUAAUUAGGGGCUUGUAGAUAAUCUUCCCAUUGAUCAGUUUUUGAAAGAAAUGUUUAAACUUCUGGACAAGAAAUCAGAGGAGUGGUGAGUGUAACACAAUUUUAUGGACAUUAUGAUGAGCAAAUUAAAGGAAACAUUAAUUUUUUAUAAGUCUAUCAAGCUAGAUUUACAUGCAGUAAUAAUUAUUUUUUUGGUCCUGUAGGGACAAGGUCCGAGAGGAAGCCUCUCUAUUGUUGGUUGGUGACUGGGUAACCUGUGCUGUGCCAUCACUUGUAGCAGAAGUUAUGUUUGGUUUAUUGCCUCGUCUACUGCUCCAUCGUCAGUCUCACAAAAUGGCAGUUCAGUUGUCAUUAAUUGUCAGCCAAUCAGAGCUGGCUUCACUGCAUCCUCUUUUGACUGGAAUGGAAGAUUUUGUUCAAAAGAAAGGUAGAUACGCAUGCAUCAUUUACAUUUAUAUGCAAACAUUCAGCAACUACAGCAACUAACAAAGUGAUCUUCUUUCAGUGCUUACAAAACUGGUGUCACCUAUCAAAAAGGGAUUGUACAUGUAUCUGUAUUGCUUACGUAUCAAAUUAUAUCUGUAGGUAUCAAUAAGUUGUAUUAUGAUUAGCUGAGAUACAUUUUGUUAUCCAAGUGUGAAUGUACUUUAUCCUCUAAAACUCUUUCAGAGUGGAAAAGUUGCACAAAGAUUGUUGACCUUGAUAAGCUUGCCUUGGCCAGCAGUUUACUGAUCAGUUGGCUUGGAGAUAACUUGGUUAAGUUAGAUGAAGAACAAUGUGUGGAGAUGGUGGGUAAAACAACUCUUCUCCCCUCCAUACAUGUGUAAUUCUUGAUAUCAAGAAUUAUUGUUUUGCUUAGGGUUAAAUUGUAAAUGUCACUGGCACAGUCAUUCAUGAGAAUUGGAAUCAGAACUUACAUUGUACCUCUGGGCAUACAUGUAUGUAACUGUAGAUGUUUGAAGUCAGUAAUUGUAAAGAAUUCACCUUUAAAAGUUAAUUUUAAAGUUGUUACAUUUCUUCUUGAUUCUCUCUCAAUCAGGUUCAGAGUAUGAUAGCAUAUGCCAAAAGUCUUUCAGAUGAAAGUCUUUUCUACCCACUCCUGAAUUGUCUGCUCAGUAGGGUCAUUGCUACAGGAACAGAAGAGUGUAAGAUGAAGUUGUGCCAAGUCAUCACAGAAUAUAUCUUACCUGAUAUUUGGAAAGUGACAAGAAUGCCAGGAAACUAUGAGCCUCUCAAGGUAUUGUGGACUGGACUGGCAUUUAAUGUUUAAGGCAAUAAUCUGAGAAGUUUUCCAAUGCUCUGUCUUUGAAUUAAGUGACCUCUGCCCCAGAUCCUUAAUUUUAUUAUGCUCAAUAUUCACUUGGUUUUUGAAAGCAUAAAGGAGUGUGGUAAAAAGAGAAAACUUUCUUGCUUUCUUGGGAUUUAAUUGAUGAAAAAGCAACUAUACUAUUUCUCUAAACUUGGUAAACAGUCAAUCUGAGAAUGUUUUUGCAAACCUGUGCUCUCUUCUGAAAACCUGAUGGAUGUAGCUUUUACUCUGAACUUUUCAACCAUUCACAUGAAAUGCAGAAGACCUUGUCUGGGUGCAGAAAUAGUGAUUUUAUAUCGUUUAUAUGUGAACACAGUGCCAAUUGUUUUCUUAGGAAGGUGGUUUUUUAUAUAUAUAUAUUUUUAGGAUGAAGAGUCAGGAAACAAAGACACAAAUUCAGGGCAUGUGGUUCCAUUUUCUCUCUUAAAAAGUUUGGUGAAAUUUCUUGGUAAACACAGCAAUAAACGCCUGAAUCAUUCCAGAGGUGCCAUUACACUGUGGCUGUGUAAGAUGUUGAUAAAGAACAUCCCUUCUAUGCCUUGUGCUUCAAGUGGUGAGAAAUGUCUUUUGAAUUAUGGAGUAAAUUAUGUAAGUUAAGUAUUGUUGAACAAUGCAAACAGUGAUUUAAUUGUUAAACUAUGGACAGUUUUGAUAGUUGGUGAGCAGUUUGAAUUCAAUUACUUGUUCCUCCUCCCUUUCCCCAAUUUUCUGUACAUGUCGUCUUGUCACAUAAUGUACAGAAAUCUAAAGACAUGAUUAACCUACAUCUUGUGUUAUACAUGUGCAUUGUUUGUCACUUGUAGGACAGUGGUGGCCAGAGGCAGAUGGUAUUAACCCAGAAGGCAUUUAUACUAAGGUAUGGAACAUAAAGCAUAAGGAUACCCUUCCAAAAUAAAAUUGUAAUUUACAAGUCCUUACCUCUCCUUUUCCUUAGCUUCUGACAAUGCUGUUUGAGGCUGUAGCAUUUGGAAGUGGCACUUCAACAGCACAUCAAGAUUUAUUCAAAGAAUUACUUCAAGAUCUCUUCCAGGUAAAAGACAAUGUAGAGAGAGGUCAAUUACGUACUCAGGUGUACAUAAUAUAUGUUAGAGAUUUAUCCAUUUUGAAGUAGCUACCAGAGUUAAAUUCACUUUAUUUUUUAUUUUCUAGUUUACUUAUAGUCAUGAAAUCUACUGUAUUAAGCAUUUUAAAUUGUUGAGUUAAUUGUUUACACAUUUAUCAUUUAUGUGUUACAAGUUUUAGUAUAAGUAUCCAUUGUUCAAUUAAAUGUCAUUUUCCGUUACAUUGUUUUCCAGUGCCAUUUACCAGAAAAACUAGUCCUGCUAAAGUUUUUAGGACAUUUAUGGUGUAAAAAUCUUCACCAGGGAGGGGAGAGUGGAUUAGCUCUUCUGCAAGUUCAGUGUCUUCACAUCGCUACUGCAUGCCUUGGCUCCAUCAGCGGGAAAGCGGUGAAGGAACUGGCCAAGACUACAUGUUCAGGUACAAUAGUGUUUUUGCUGCAGGUAACCAAACAAAAAUUUGAGUUGCCAAUUAUCAGGUUGUGAGUGAUACAUUUGUCAUCAAUGUACAUUUGUAUACAGGUGUAACUCGAUACUUGCUUUUGCAGUUGUGCCUUCUCUUAUGGUGCCGCUGUGCAGCCCAGUCUCUGCUGUAAGAAAGUCAGCUGUUGCUUGUAUAAAGAUUAUCAAGUCCAAACUAUCUUCUGUCCAAGCCUGUCCAGUGACGGCACUUAUUGAUGUCUUGAAGGACAGUGCUGAAGAACUUUCUGCAGAUUCUGAACAGUUACAUAGGUGAGAAUAUAAUGUUAUUUAAAAUUUUUUUCACUUAUAGAAGAAUUUCAAAUUUGCCAAAUUUUUUUAUUACCUUUGGAACGGGUCACUUCUUGUCUUGAGGCGAGAGGAGGAAAGUGUAAGGAAAGAGCGAAUAAAUGGCGUGGAAAGCGAGAAUAGCGCGAGGCGCGAGCUAGUGCGAGGCGAGAGCGAGUAUAGCGCGAGGCGAGAGCGAGUUUCGCGUGAGCCUCAAGGGCGAGUCACGCGUGUGACCUACCUUUGCUCGCACAUAGCGCGUGCCAUCCCUCGCGUGAAAACGCCAAAAAAGGGAAAAAUUAUUGCUCGUUGUGCAGGACUAAUCAUUUACUAUUUGAACUAUUCAUUGACAGGGUUCUUGGUGAGUUCUUUGCUCCAGCGGUAUCCCGCGGAAAGCCUCACUCCAAGUCAUCGCACAAUAAGAUCAUUAAGAACGCGCUGGACUUCUUGUUACAACAUGUAGCAUCCAGUGAAACGUCUUCUUUUGUUAGACGUACCAUACUGUCAUCGUUACGCAGUAUUACUACUCAGGUAUGAAGAAACCGAUGGCUACAGACAAACACUGAGCAUCUCGAUUUUUUAUGCGAAGAAGAAUAAACGGUAGAUUUUUAACACGGUUGUCUUUGGAGAAAGAUGUUACUUGAGAAUUGGUGUUGUUAGACUCUUUUGAAUUUGUAGAUCUUAGCAGUAUCCAGGUCGCUAGUUGCUUAUGAACCUAGUAAUUGGCCGAAUUCAACGCUAGGUUUUCUUGCGCUCAGAGGUGGAAGAUCAGAGCGGAGAAACCAAGAGUGUGGGCAGCACUUUAUAACGGGGGAAUGUCGUUUUUACACAGGAGAUGCUUCAGACCCUGUUGCCGCUCGUGGAAAAACUAUUAGACAAGUGCGAGGAUAGCAAAGCCCUCUUACAUGAAGAUGAGAGCAUUCUGCUACAACUGAUUUUACAAAAGUACACCCCGGACACUGCUACACUGCUGCAGGAGGAAUCCAAAUGUUGGAAAGAGAUGUUGAGGGUGCUCUACCUGAGAUCUGCGGUCUGCCCUGGACAUCCAGCACCAAUGUUGACUAUGAUUGGCCAGGUAAGUGUCAUAAAAUGAGUCUUUGCGACCUGUUUGGAAGCAGUGUAUAAGAAGUGUUUUGUCGCAUCUAAUCCAUCAGAAGCCUUGAUAGCAGGAACUGUGAUUUUUUUUCCCUCUAAACAGCUGAGAAACAGGCGAUUUCGGACACUUCUGUGCAAUUUUGAAUAGUUUCGUCCGAUUUUUAACGUUUCCCGUCUGGUUUCAAACACUUUCCACAUUUCAUUUCACAUCCCAUUUCAGAAGCUUCCGUCUGGUAUCGGAAGGUUCCUCCUGGUAUCGGACAUCUUCGCCUGUUUUCGAACAGUUCCGUUUGAUUUGGGACGGUUUUAUUCGAUUUUCGGAGAUUUGUCUGAUUUUGGACAUGUCUUUCCAUUUUUGGACACCCCAGUCAGAUUUAGAUAAACGUGUAUGUUGGCUCCCGGACGCCUUUGUCUUAUUUCAAACAUUUCCUCUCAAAUUUGCACCUUUCUUUCAGAUUACAAAUAGAUUUUUCCAAGCAAUCCCAGCAGAAGGAGUAAAGCAGCAUCUGAUGAAGAUUUUUGUGGACACGAUGCUUGAAGCAAAGGAUGUUGUUAUAGGAAAUGCUGCCAAGAAUUCUCUGUUGAAGGUACACUGUUGAAAAAACUGUUAAAGCUCUCUGCAAAAGUGAGAGAUACCGUCCCGUAAUUAUAAAUCUGAUGCCCCGCCAAGACUCGAACCUCAGCCACUUCUGAUUUCGUGGUCGUUUAGCAGCUCGGGCGUUCAAUAAAGGAGCAUUCUGAUUCAUGGCAAGCGUUAUAAAAUAAAAAUCUGCGGUUGUCGUUCAUUCAUGUGCACGUAGUUGUCCUUGUAAAGUCGUGACUAACCCGAUUUUGCUUUCUUCGCAGCUUACUCUGACAGCAGAUCUGAUUACUGAAGAGCUAUGUAAGCUGAAUUCCAAUACUGAUAAAGAACCAAAGAAAAAGAAAGUGAAGAAGUUAGUUUCCUGAGCGUUUGAUUUAUUUUGAUUAGUAUUCAUUAGUGCUGUUUGUACAAUUUCUUGUGCCGGUUGCAUGAGUUUUUUUUCUUUCACGGAGACGGUAAAUGUUCUUUUGACAGGGCGCGAAAGGGUGAGCAAGAUGACGAGAACGAAGGAGCAGUGCAGCUUCAAAGAGUGACAGUUGUUCUUGAAUUGUUACAGAGUAAGAUUAACAUUGAAGAACCACAUCGACUUCUACCAACCUUGUUUGGGACCCUGACCAGGUACAUGUACAGAACUGUGAUGAGAAAAAGAAGGGAAAAACCUUUUAAAGUUAUGUAAUUUGAAAACGACUCUCCUUUGUAUGGUGAACGGAAAGUAAAAGCUUGCUCUACCACACACAUUUCGUUGGACUUAUUUAAUGAUGGAAACUUCUAAAACUUCUGCUCUUCAUGUAGCUUGAAUACCAGCUGUUUUGAACUUUUGCAUGGAGGUUUCACGUCCAAUGUGUGUGUCGAUUAAUGUUAACAAUAGGUUUUUUUGUCCAUCACACAGUUAAUAUAUGUUCAGGUUGGCAUCAAGACUUUGUUUAAUUUUUUUUGUUUGUUUCUUUUGUUUGUUUGUCUCCCCCUCAGGUGUGUAGAACUCGAUCACAGUCAAACAGCUUCAGAGUACAUUAUGCAGCUGGUAUUUUCUCUCAUCAACAACAUCUGUCAGAAACUGUCUCCAAACAGCAGCGCGUCUAUUGCAGGUAACAGAAGCCAUCUCUAGCGGUUUGGAAGGGGGGGGGGUUAGGAACUCAUAAAAUGAGGGGAACUUGUCAUUUACCUCAGGAGUAUUAAGCAAGGAUUUGGUGUCCUUUUGACUUUUUAGGACUAAACCCGAUAACGUAAUGUCAAGGUGUAUUUGGGAGUUGCCUAAGAAGAAAGUAAGGAAACACCGUCAUUUUACUUUGUUGGGAGUCAUUGGCUUGGAAAUUUGAAAGGUGUUGACGGUUAAUGAAUAAGAGGGGGGGGAAUGUCUCUCAAGACAUUGUGGUGCUGCAUCGGUGGGGAAAUUACAAGAUAAUUAAUUUUGGUUUCAUCAACUAAGUUAAAAUUGUGAAUUAACCGCCUCCCCCCUACAGUAGAAGGUUUCUAAAGCAGACGUUUUCGUGGGGUAGCCCAUCUUCAGGAUGAAACAUCAACUUUAGAAUCUUUCUUCGCGGUGGCCGGUUGGUAUUCACAUUAACAACUCAGCUGAAGAAACCAAAUUAUUUGAGUAUCUAAUGGGUUGGAUCACAAUCUAAAUCGCAGCGAGUAAAAACCAACACAAUUUCCGUUGAGGGUCGUUGAAAAUUUUUGUGAGGAAGUUUACCACUGCCCUUUGUACAAAACUGUUACACGGAGUCCAUUCUCUGAGUUCUGAAUAUUUUGAUUCCGAAAUUUGAGUUUACCAGGGAUUUUCUAGCUGAGAUGUUAGUUCACUGUCUUUUGUUUUGUGGCAGAUCUCGUUCCCGAAGACCAGUUUGACGUGGAGUUGAUAGUCCAGUGCAUAAGGUCAUCAGAGAAUCCGCGCACUCAUACCCAGGCUUUACUCCUGCUUGCAACCUCAGCCAAGCUUUUUCCGGUAAAUUUAUUGAAAGUGUUUCAUAAACUCGGUGGCCUGAUGGUUGGUACUCCGGUUUUUGGAUUUUUAAAAUUCGUGGUUUCCAAUUCAGGCCAAGCCAUUUUGUAGGCACCAUUUUCUUACAGUUCCUCUAUUCACAAAAGAAUAGAAAUGAGUGUCGGUGAACGACCUUAAAAAAAUGCUGACGGGGAAGGGAAGGGUAACCCAGAAGCAAAAUAACUUUCUAGCCCGGCAGAUUUGAAUCACGCCUAUGCCCUUCAUCUUACAGAAACCAGGAGGAGUUGCGGCGGGGUAUCUAUUCAAGCCUUUCUUCUAUGCAGACUUCAUGUGAUUAUGUAAAUUUGUAUGCUAGCUGAAAAACUCUCCUUCCCCCCACCCCUCCCCCUCUCAGCCUUCCGCGUCCACCAACAAUGUGAUUAAAACAGACUGAUUGGUAUGAUCUUUGGGGCUUUUUUUUUUCAGGAAAAAGUUUUGCACAAUGUGAUGUCGAUAUUCACUUUCAUGGGCGCGAGUGUCGUUCGCCAGGAUGAUAGUUAUAGUUUUGAAGUCAUCACUAAAACACUGGACACAGUGAUUCCUGCGUUGAUUCAGGUAUGUGUGGUUUGUUUGAACUGCAUUUACUUUCAGUUGUGCGUAUGAAGAGAAAUAUGAGUAAGAAACGUAUAAUUCGUAAAAGCUUUUUAAUCGAGUGUCCUAAAACGGAAACAAAUUACAACGGCUAGGUAAGACAAAGGUGAAUGUCACAGAGAAUAUUUUGGGAUUCAAAUCUAAAAUAAGGAAAUCCAGUGAAGUGCGGUAAAAUCCACGAGGGUCAGAGGGUGUAACGCGCAUGGUUCAGAGGGUGGAACGUGCGUUGGUCAGAAGGUUAAACGCGCGUGGGUCAGAGGGUGAAAAGCGCGUGGGUUAGAGGGUGAAAAGCGCGUGGGUUAGAGGGAGAAACGCGCGUGGGUCAGAGGUUGAAAAGCGUGUGGGUCAAGGAUGCUGCAAGUUUUCUACACGGAUCACAAAACGAGGCAUAGCAAACCUAUUCCAGUCCUGGAUUAGUUUCAACACUCCCAUUUAGGAUUUCUUCAUCCACGUCUCAAUCCAUUUAGGCGGGUGAGAAGCAGCAGUUACCACAGCUGACCAAAAAGGACUCGGCGUCUCUGGAUGACAUUGUGGCGAUGCUUAUCAGAGUAUUUGUGGAUGCCUCGCCUCACAUUCCAGAGCACCGCCAGCUUCCCUUGUUUGCUCAUCUCAUCGGCACUGUUGGUUCAACACAGUUCCUUCACACAGUGAUCAUUCUCUUACUGGAGAAGCAUGUUGUGCACGCCCCAAACACGUCUGAUGAUAAACAGGUACUUGUUAGAUUGCGAAAAGAGUCUCUUUCGACUCCCAUUCUUCCCCGUCCUUCGCCUUAAUGGAAAAUCACAACAUCACACACUACACAAAUGAAGUUUACUCAAACGUUGUCCCGCUGUGCUUCGGUUCAAGACGAGAGUUGUUCCUAACAUGUACAUACCUUUACUUGUUUUUGUAUCACUAGGAUCAAUCGGUAUCUGGAUGACUGCGCACCUACUCCUCCCCUAACCCACCAACAGUCAACCGAGAACAAGUUAGGGUAAUGUUGGGUUAGGGGAGGGGUAGGUGCGCCGUUGCCCAGAUACUGACAUUAAUGCUAUUGCUCUAAAUAUUAUUUCUGCAGACAAAGGGGAAAGUAAAGAAUAGAUUAAAAUAUACGUAAAAGUAGGUAUCUCUGACAUGAUUUAUUUCUUGUGUUUCAGACGUCUGUUGCCAAAAAGCCUCUCGGAGCAGACUUUUGUCUCAGUCUCUGCCAUUGCUUCCACGUUAAUGUUCAGGUACAGUAAGUUUUAAGACAUGCGGUGUAGAAAUUAGUUAUACGAGUGUGAAUCAGGACUAAGGUAUCUUGCAAAACCACGGCGUUAAAAAAAAUAUAUCUUGUAAUAUGAGCAGCGUGAAGAAGCGUGAAACCUUGUCUGUUAAAGAAUUGACCCGAGGUAUAACAAAAUCUGGAAACGACAACGUAUCUGGGAGGUUCUGGUCGUAAUUAAGGUGUUUUGUCAGUAUUUGGUGGAAAAAAUUGAGAAGCGGAAAAAUUGUAUGGUUUUUUUUUCUUUUUUGUUAUUUUUUUUUUUAGCUGUUUAUUCACUGUUGAAAGUAGAAACAAAAAAGUGUUCAUUAGUCUUGACGUGAUGCUAGAACAUUAUUGUUUGUAGGUAGAGGCCAUGUUGAAACUCCUGCAGUUCAUUGAUCAGUUGCCGUUGGAAAAACCUGAAGGUAUACUACCAAAUGACCAAAUGAUUAUGAUGUUAACUUAGUUAUGUUCGUUUGUACCAGGACAUGAAAGUGUUUAAAUCAGGUGCCAUCUUAGUGAAUGAUGAAAUGUGUAUUCCCCGUGUUUGAAGGAGUUUUCCUCUUGAGAAAAAAAAUCACACGAGUUGAGUCCUUUCUGACACUUGAUGGCUCCUGAACGUACAUUGGUUCGUUUGUUUAUUAUUCCUUGUUUGAGUUUCUUUUUUGUCCAUUCAUCACUUUGGACCUUCGUCUGUUCGUCAUUUCUUUUGUUCAUUCGUCAGUCUGUCCGUUCGUUAGUUUGUUCGUUCUUCCCUUAGUUUGUUCGUACGUUCGUUAGUUUGUUCGUUCUUCCCUUAGUUUGUUCGUACGUUCGUUAGUUUGUUCGUACGUUCGUUAGUUUGUUCGUACGUUCGUUAGUUUGUUCGUUCUUCCCUUAGUUUGUUCGUACGUUCGUUAGUUUGUUCGUACGUUCGUUCGUUUGUUCGUACGUUCGUUAGUUUGUUCGUUCUUUCCUUAGUUUGUUCGUUCUUUCCUUAGUUUGUUCGUUCUUUCGAUCGUUCUUCCUUUCGUUGUGUGUGUAAAGACGCUUUUCCUAUAAGUAAUCAGUGAACUCGUCGAUGUGAUAAUUAGUCAUCAAAAGAUUUUCCUUUAAAAAUUUCUUUUCUUCUCGAUAUUUCCUCCACAGUUCGUCAAAAGCCCAGGAUGGCUAGAAGAAGUGCCCGUGUAUUCCUCGCUGUUACGCCUCUGUUUGAUGUGGACACUCACUCAGCGAAACACCUCAGGCAAUUCAAAUACACAUCAAUCAGUCUUAUUUCUUCCUUGCUCGACAGUGACGAGUUUGUAAGCAAGGUAAAUAACCACUGACAACAGUUCUUUUCAACACCUAUCUUGACCAUUAGACAAUACUGUCAACUGUUACUCCUGAAUUCAAACGUAUAAAGUUAAACUGUUUUAAAGCACACAAAUCCAAAAACAUUUUUGAUUACAAUUGCAAAUUGGCAAUUGCGGUAAAAUUUCUCACUUUUGUUUCUGUCAGCAAAAACAGUGUUUUAUUUCCUUUGUUUAUCUUUCAUUUGACGGAGUACAGGUCCAUGUUGAGGAAGAAAUGUUGGAUUCUCCCUUUCUAAGGUAAACUUUGUUUAUGUGUCCUUGUUUCACUGUGGACAUUAUAUUCUUUAAACAGAUACAUGUAGCUCUUUCCUUUAAUAAAAUGGGUUUUAAGGUCAGUGUCGAUUAAAAAAAGAAAUUCCUUUUUGACAUCUUCACUAUAGGCAGUGGGGAAACUUGCCACACUCUAUUGAAACAACUCUAAAAGUGACUAAAUUUCGUAGUAUAUUUAUUUUUCUUGUUUUAUUUUUUAUUGUUUCUGCAGACUAUUACAGGAUACAUUAAACUUCAUGACUAAAACGGCGCAACAUGGUGAUCAGGCAGCUACUGAUGUGACUGGAAAGUUUUGGAAAGCUUUGCUGCAUAAAACUUAUGAAAUUAUAGACAAGGUAAUAAAAUACGAAAAACUGUCUGCUCUCCUUUAAAAGAACCAUUACUCAGAAUAUGAUUAAAUAUCCUGUUCUCUUUCCUCAAGGUAAAUCUCCUUUUACCUGCCUCGGUGUUUUUCGAUGUCAUUGAAAAACUUCUCCAUAGCAGCAAUGGAACAGUGAAGCGUAAAGCUAUGGAGUUACUGAACUGCAAACUAAGCAAUAACGUUGGAGUUCAUUCUGACGAGCAGGUACACGUACAAUAAGAAUGCACAACUUACAGUGUAGUCCCAAUAUUCUGAAUCCGUAGGCUGGAUCUUCCUGUAGGUAGUUGUGCUUAUGUAUAUGCGUGAUUUUUUCGCUUGAUAUAUCUCCCACGAAAGUCGUGUUCCUCAUGGUGGAGCUGUAUCAUCCCAUCAGUGUAAUGUAUCCCCGGAUAAAGCAAACUCAGGGGAUGCCCCGGGUAUGGACUCGACUCUGUGUAUCACUUUGUUUUUACCCUGGACAUAUCGUACCCAAGCAGGGUCCUCGGGCGCGGACUUGUGCUAGUGUACCAAUGUCAUUUCACCCACGAUAUCUAGAGUUUAAACCGUGUUCCCCUCUGUGGAGUUGUGUGAGAGUAAUAUUGUUGUUUUAAUUGUCUGUUAAGAGAGCAUCGACUUGACAUGUUAGUAAAACGUAAACAAGAAUGUAGGUUCUAAUUAUAAUUCUUGGUACUAUUUUCGUAUUUGAAGAUUAAGGCGUUACUGAACUUAGUAACCGAACUCCUCGCCAUAUCGGGAGGUACUGGGGAGAGUGAGGGGUCCGUCAUUAACAGGCAGACAGCUUUGUACAGCUUGAAGCUUCUCACUCGAUUGCUGGCCAAGGAACACCCUGACGAAUUUAAAGAGGUACUGAAACUUAUUUUCUUUUACAUUUGUGAAUGAAUUGAACCCCUGCCCUCCCCCCCCCAAGUUAACACUUUUGAGAUAUUACAUUUCGUCCCGAUGUAGGUGAUGACUGUGGCAAUUGAUGUGUUUUCUUGCAAAGAUUCCAACCCUCAGGUAAGUUACCCAUGUCUACAUUCUCGUUCUCCUUGCUGACGCAUUUCAGCAUUUGUCGGUAAUACAGUCUCAGUUGCAGUGGGUCGUGUUUGAGAAUCAAAACGCGGCGUUUUUCUAUGCCUACCAAAGAAUUGAGAGAAUAUAAUAACCCCCUUUCCAAUGGGAUGCCAAAUGUACGGAAGGCUGUUCACCCUCCUUCCCCUCCCUAGCAGUUUGUCGAGUUUCCCUACAGUUUUCCAGCACUGACAUACACUCAGUGGUGUAGGGAGGGGCUAUAAGAAUAAAUCAUCUCGCUAAUAUCCCGUCCAGGGUUCAAAUCUUGAUCCAAUGUCUAGACACUUCGCUUGGUUUACUUUAUUUCUCAUUGGCUCCGAAUAAUAUUUUCUUUCGUUCUGUUUGGCCCCGGCCCUGUGGUCAGCUUUUCUUUAGUUAUUGAAAAUUAAAGAUUUCCUUAUUUCUUUGACCUCAAGGUCGCUUCAAGCGCGUUGCUCUGUGCAGCAGAAGUGCUCGGUGGACUCAAAACGCACUGCAUUCCCUUCUUGCCAAAGCUGAUGCCUUCUGUACUGAAACUGCUCAAAAGAAAUCAAAAAGAGAGGUAAAGACUUCACUAUUAAUAAGAUAUCUGUAAAGAUGUUUAAUUCAUUUGACACUGAGGUAGAUAAAAAAAAUAGCAUGCGUCCGAUGAAAUCUUAGCUUUGGUGAUGACUUCGCGCUGUUUGUUGAAAUGGCAGAUUUUUUUUGGUCCACGGUCGUAACAAGACCAGUAACAUCUUUCUUUAAGCCAUCUGUGAUGUAUGAAUAGUAGCUCUCUGCUACACACUGAUUUUUAUGCUGGUUCUCCUGGCACUGAGAGGAUUUAAUUGACAAGUUAAGCCAAAUGUUUUAAUUAUUUCCCUUUCUAUUUCUCUAUUCCAGGAACAGCCUGUUGACUCUGUGUGGUAUAACAGCUUUGUACAAAGCCACAGAAGCACUUCCACAUUUUCUUAGUCCUCAUUUAGUGGAUAUUCUGAUUAUGGUAGGUUUUUUCCCGCUGGUACUCUCUUCUGUAAGAUAUAUCAAUUAUUUUUGCCCGCGUGCGAUUGGUUCAAACGCGUCACGUGACCGCCAAUGGCCCACCUGAAACUGAGGAAUAACGGGUGAUAAUCCCAAGGUGAUAUUCCUCAAGCUUCCAACCUUGAGGCUGUAUAGACUGGAGUGAUUUUCAUGUAGUUCAUGUCAAACUGGGUAGUUUAACUUUUUUGAAGGUGACGCAACCAUCUCUUACUGGAGGAGAGGUUACAGAGGUCCAGCAAGAAAAGGAAGAGGUUACAAAGCAGUCGACUGUGGAUGUACAGUUAAAGGAUCGUGUAGUCUUGCUCAGGUAUCUUUUGUGAUGAGUAGACUUGACAAACGUCCACCCUACGUUUUCACUGACCCAGUGUAGUGCAUUUGACUCACACAGAUUUCGUUGAAGUGUGUUGCUAAGCCUUCCUCCUCUCUUACUUUCUUUUCCUUUGUAGGAAAGAACUGGCUUGUAAUAUUGCACCCCGAGUGCUGAUAUCGGCAGUGUCUGAUUGCUACAACAGUAUUGUCAACAAACACAAGGUUGAUAAUUUUUUGACUAAGUUUUUUGUAGUUUAUCUUUAUGUUAUCAUUCAGAUCUCCAAUCAUGAUCGUCAAUUUUAAUGUUUUCCCGUUGGAAUCAGUUACCUCAGGAACAUUACAGCCUCUUAUCAAACUGUGAUCUAAUUUACAUCGAAAGCCACCUUAAUAUUCUCCUUAAUUUUGUAGUUCUCGGGUGCUCGUGCCCUUCUCUGAUUGGUUUAAAAUCCCACUUUGUUUCUGGUGCCAAAGCGAACAUUGUCGGCAAUCGUUCGUGAUAACCUGUUUUGUUGUUAUCUUUUUAGGAACGUGUUUUUGUGCUGAUGGAUGUCCUGGCAGAAUGUGUGAAAGCCAUGAAAAAGGAGGAUAUUAAAACCUACCAUUCCAAUCUCUUUACGCUGUUCUUAGAAGCGUUGGAUUUCAGAACUCACCACAACCAGGAGGUAGGCUCGGUAGCGAUUCGUUGUUAUCGUUUUUUGGAAAUAAGAUUUUUAUACUUCUUACGAUGUUUAAUAUUUACCUAGGUAGUAUUUGUUAAUUUUUUUUUUAAGGGCACACUUAAUUUGGAUUCUCGCUCUGUUGUGUGUCCCGCACCUUCGUCUCUCGCUCUUGUGACCUCUUCAAAUGUCUUUCUUUUUCUUAGCAUUUUAGCAUUUUAGCCGUGUGAUCAUGGUGAAAGCGAUCAAAUAAAUAAAUAAGUAUUUUUUUGUGCUUCGUCUCCCCACCCCCCACCCCCCACCCUUCCCCUACAUUCUCUCUGCACAAUUAUGUCGCUGUUAUCUCGGGUCAGUCGUCCCACUUUUAGAAUUUUUAGAAUUUUCUUCUCGAGUAAAUGUGUUUCUCUUAAAUUGGUUCGUUCCAGGACGACGAUGAUCUCGUGGACAAAACAGAGCGUAGUGUGAUCGAGGCAUUUUUGUGUCUCGUGGUCAAGAUGUCCGAGGCUUCUUUUAGACCGACGUUUUUAAGGGUACGUCAGACACUGAUCUAUAGUCCUCACCCUCGAGAUCUUUAAACAAAAUGACUUAACUGACAGCCAAACAUUUCUUUGUUUGUCUGUUUUUGGAUGUGGUGUCAAAUCAAAUGUGGUGUCAAACAGAGUCCGUUUGUUGAAAACUUCCUUUCUUCUAUUAUUCUUGUUGAAAUCGUGAAAUAAGUUAUAUUCCAAUAAAUAUUGCGAUUGGUGGAAUUCAAAUAUAGCUUGAUGUUUCUUGAGAUGUCAGUUUUAGGUCUUACACGAACGCACGUUUCUUACAGUUGAUAGAUUGGGCGACCAGGCCUUCGUCCAGUAAGGAGAGGUUGAUUAUUUUCUAUCGUCUUUGCGACAGGUGAGGAAAAGGCGUUGCAAUACUAUUGUAGAGAUGAAUGUUUUGGUUUGUCAAGGGGCGAAUUGGACAAAUAGGUGAUGAAUCUCUUCAGGCGAACGGCAAACGCUUGAAAUGUCAGCUUCCGAGAAUCAUUACGGUGACCAAUUUGCAUUAUCAACUCAGUUGAUAAGUCAAAAUUAUCUUUAUAUAAUCCCCCACUGACGCAGCACCACAGUUUCUUUAGAAAGCUACAUCCUUUACCCCUUAGUCUUUCUCUGUGUUUGCUUCCAAAACUUCGGCCCUGCAUGCUCUCUUCGUAAUAGAAUGAACUUCAAAGUAAAAGAGAGUAUCUAAAUUUAACUGUCCACGUUUGUUUAUCUUCAGCGUGGCUAAUAAACUGAAAGGAUUGUUUGUGCUGUUUGCGGGUUACAUUAUGAAGAACUGUGCUUCUUUGCUGGAUGCCGCAAACAUCUCCAAAACUGGUAAGCAUCCUUUUGAAGGGCAAAUUUGAAUUUAGUAUCGGAAAUAAUCCGGCAUUUCAUUGAUUGAACUUUGGUACGUUGAGAGAACCUGCGCUAACCUCUCAACAAAUCAGAUACUAAACAAAAACUAACUGCGACUUGGCCACGCGCGUUUUCCCGCGCUCAAAGCUGUUAGCUUGUUUUACGUUUAAUCCUUUUUGACUCGUUGCGAUGUUAACGUUUAUUUUGUUUGCUGGCUGCGAUAACUUUGGUUUUUACUUCACUAAUGGGAAUUCCCUUGUCCUACUUUGUAGUUAAAUAGCACUCCUUACAUGAAACAGAUAUUUUCGAAAAUUAGCUGUGAUGGCUGCUUUCUUAGUUUCUUAGGAAUCAAAAUGUAUCCUUUUUUUGUUUAUAUUCGAACUCUAGAAGAGAACAUUUUUCCGGACGAGUCUCCAAACAGAAACAUGCAUAAAACUUGCCUCCUGUUGAACUACAUGUUGGAUUGUUUGCACAAAUGCUUCAUGUAUGACACACACGGAUUCUUGGACAGCGAUCGUUUCCAGUGUUUGAUGCAGCCUCUUGUAGACCAGGUAAUGUUUGCGUGACUUGACAGCGUUAUGUUACGACAAAAAAAAUUGUUCUGAUUCUUAAGAUAGCUUAUGCAGGAGACGGUGAUUUUGAAUGUUUCGUAUGUAAUCUCUUGUAGUUAAUUUUGUACAAUUUUUUUGUACACUGGUUUUUUUAAACAGAUUGAAAACCUGUUGGGAGGAGAAGAUACCUUCAGAGAGCGGCUUACGAAGCACUUGGCCCAAUGCCUCGCGCAGUUUGCCGUAGCCUCUGGGAGUGAUGCGCAGUGGAAACCGCUGAACUAUCAAGUAUUACUGAAGACUCGACACAGCUCCGCAACAGUAAGUGUGGAUUUCUUGACAUUGAUGCACCAUUAAGUCAGUCAAGCCGAAGGUCAGUCAAUGGGUGUUGGGUUUAAGUGUUAGUCAAUCGUUAAGUCAGUCAUUAGGUCGAUUGGUCUGUCUGUCAAACUGCCCGUGAGGUCAGUCGAUUAAUUCAACGGCGACUUUUUUUUAUCGGUAAGUCAACUCAGCACAUUAGUGAGGUUUUUCAGUCGGGCAAUUGGUCAGUCUACCAGUUAGUGAGUCAGUCAGUUUUUUAUUCAUAUAGUCUGGCAGUCAGUCAGUCAGUCAGUCAGUUUUUAUUCAUACAGUCUGGCAGUUAGUCAGUCAGUUAGUCAGUCAGUCGGUUUUUUAUUCGUACAGUCUGGCAGUCAGUCGGUCAGUUUUUUAUUCAUACAGUCUGGCAGGCAGGCAGGCAGUCAGUUUUUAUUCAUACAGUCUGGCAGUCAGUCAGUCAGUUUUUAUUCAUACAGUCUGGCAGUCAUUCAGUCAGUUUUUUAUUCAUACAGUCUGUCAGUCAGUCAGUCAGUUUGAAUAAGAUAAUUUACCACUUCAAGUCAUCAACUCAGUUGAUAAUACUUAAUUACCCAGUUUUAAUAAUACCUAAUUGUUCGCCAUUUUUUUUACUCCAGGUUCGUUUUGCAGCCCUCAAAGUUCUCGAGGGAUUCCACACAAGACUCGGAGAGGAGUUUAUGGUGCUUUUACCAGAGUCAAUUCCAUUCUUAGCAGAGCUUAUGGAAGGUAAGAGAACAAAACUUAAUGGACGUGACAAAUCAUUGUGUAACCCAUCGUUACAAGUUACGCACUAGAUUGUUAGCUUGCGUAGCCAGCGGUUUUCUGUGCGCUACGAAGCUUUGAGCAGCGAAGCUGCGCUGUUUGUUUUCACUGUUCCGGUGCCUUUACUUUCAUCGAGUGCCUGUAAGCCACAUGGGUUAUUUGGCAGCCUCCCUUUUACUGUAAAAUUUGCUAGAAGUAUUUUGUAAAGGUCCUACCUUACUUUUUUGUAAUUUUGCAGAUGAAUGCUUUGAGGUGGAACAACAAUGUCAGCACCUCAUCUCGGAAAUUGAGCAAGUCUUGGGAGAGCCAUUACAAAAAUAUUUUUAA